AUGAAUGUUAAUGUCCGUUCUGAUGUCCAACCCGAAUUGGUCGCAACAGGUGGCAAGGAGGUCCAUGCUGUUGAGUACGCAGUGGUCGUCAAGGAGCAGGUCGUGGACGGUAGUCGUAGAUGGUCACGUGGGGGCCUGCAUGCGUCGGCUGUUGAGAAGGUGCCCAUCGGUUCUGUAGGCGAUGCGCAUCCUGGGGCGCUCAUCACGGUAGGCGUGCAUCCGCAUGGCAGAGCAAGUGAGACCGAAGAGGGUAGGCGCGAGGACGCAGCCCAGCCUUACUCCAGCGGACACUGCGAACGCCUCGGAGAUUGCGCCUUAGUCCGUGACGUACGCCAACGUCCCACUAUAGAACUGACGUACCAUGUUCGCGAAUCGCUCGGGACAUCCAAACCUCUCCAUGAUUCUCCACAGUCCUCUGCAAUUCAGCAUGUCGAAGGCUUCCGUCAGAUCCAUGAAGGUGGUGUAGAGGGGAGUUCGCGUCUGCUGGCAUUUCUCUUGUAG